UUCGACUCGCUCUUCGAGAGACAAGUUUACCGAAGGUGGUUGAGCAUUGCCAAGAUUCCAAAAACAAGAUGCGGUUUAUAUCUGUGCCUAUGCUACUUGUAGUGGUGGGGGCCAUGUUAUGGCUGAGCUUCCUAGUGGACGCUUCUUCAGAGACCACAACCAAGUCCAAUACAGAAGUUUCUGGACGUCGUUUUCUGAGCCUUGGGCCGUUUAGACCUUUCAUGCGAGUGUUGGGUAUGAUGGGGAUCCCUCUGCUACCACUAUUGCUUCUGAGGCAACUGAUUGUGACUGGGGCAGCCUCAAACGCCCAAGCUUCCGGUGGUGGUGCCGGUCUCGGCAGCAUGGGAGCUCUCGGAAUUCUAGGACCCUUCGGUGCUGGUGCAGGACUCGGAGGAUUGAGGCCAACAGGUGGCAUAGCAGCAGCAGCUGGUGGUGGUGGUGGUGGCUUACGCCCUCUUGGACUGAGACCAUUUGCUGGACGUCCUCUCUCCAACUUGAUAGCUAACGCCGCUGGUGCAGGUGCAGCAGGGGCUACGGCAGGUGCAGGUGCAGACGCUCUUUUCCUCCGCAAGCGUUCAACAGAGCACGAGAAGGGAAGUAGUCGUUUCUCCAGCCUGAUGAGCGCCUUGGCCAAACUGGAGCAGGUGGUAGAUCACUAUGAUCUCAGCGUCCCGGAUUGCCAGAGACGCUUCGUCUGCGAAUUGCACCGCAAGAGUCUCAAUCCCAGCUUUGGAUCUCUCACAGAGAAAUUGAUUCAAGCAUUUGGGGUCGAAGCUCGUUUGGAAAAAUCCCACUUUUCUUCCAACACCAAGUCUGUUCUCAAAGAUUUCCUAAAAGCUGCUCGAAAUGGUCUUCAGCAGAGAGAAUGUGCUGCCAUUUAUUACAAGUGUCCCGUCGCUGUGACCGAAAAAGAGGAGAAAGAGGAAAAAGUGGAGAAAAAUGGAAAGAAAGAAACAUCUCCUGCCACUGAAAACAUGAAAAAUUGAGUCCAUCUCAACCAAGGAAGUUUGCAUUCAUUUCAACUCGGACGAACAUUUUCUCAUGAAACACCUAAAAGUCUGCUUUUAGGAGCAGAUUAUUCGUAUUAUAUCCUGGAAAUGUCGUCUAUUUUUUCAUUGUAGAUUUAGUGGAUAGAUAUCUCCGAUGGUGUAAGUUAUUCAUCCUAGAUAUUUCAUAAAGUUGCGAAGAUUCAUUGCUAAACAGCAUGACUAAGUUCUAUAAUUCAUCUCGGCUUGCAAUAUCAUUUAAGAUUUAACUAUAAAAAUUGAAACUAAAAGAGGAACAUAUCAUGUUUUACAAAAUUUGAAUCUGCUGUACUCAUUUUGUUAACUGCUUUGUAUUUCUUGAGGAAUUCCAAGCAGAACGCAAGCUCCAACUUAUUCCAUUGGAGGGAAUCAGUUCCUUGAUUGUUUAACUUCCAUUCGUGUCAUAUAUUUAUUACUUACUUCGUGCUAUGUAUAUACAUAGUUCCAUGUAUUUAUUAGCCGCUGCAAUGUACAGGCAAUAAGGAUGGAAAGAGCUGUCCUCUUCAUUUCGCAGGGUUCCGUCGAAUCUUCUGCAAUGAACGGGCUCGUAUCUGUUUGAAAGAGCUCGAAGUGACAGUUUAUGCUUGGGAAGAUCAUUUACCAUAUCCUUUGGAUCAAGCAUACCAUUACAGCACGUAAAAUGUUACUUCGACUCUUUGCCAUCCUCUUUUUCUUUCAUCCUCCGCUCAAUUCAUGUACAGUAUUUUCUUUCGAUUUUCAAAGCUCUUUCAUGUUAUCACUUUUUAUAUGUUGUUUCCUCCCGUUCUUUGUCCUUGUUAUAGUAUUCAUAUUAGAUUCUUAUUUUCAUUAA